AUGGACGGGGAAGAGGUGGAUGGGGGUUCAGUGCCCUGUGCCAAGCCACGGAGGGGAGGGCAGACGCCGGGGCCAAGGUGGGAGCUAGUGAGGGGUCCCCCAACUGAGGGGCCAGCUGGACCAGAUGUGUCUGUCCCCCAGGCGGGCUCUCCAGACCAAGAAGGCUUCUUCAACCUGCUGACCCAUGUGCAGGGCGACCGAAUGGAGGAGCAGCGCUGCUCGCUGCAGGCAGAGCCAGGCACCACCUCCAAGAGCCAGAGUGGCCCCACGCCGGAGAUGGACAGUCUCAUAGACAUGCUGGCCAGCACCCAGGGUCGCCGCAUGGAUGACCAGCGUGUGACAGUCAGCGCCCUGCCUGGUUUCCAGCCUGUGGGCCCCAAGGACGGAGCGCAGAAACGAGCUGGGACCCUGAGCCCCCAACCCCUCCUCACCCCUCCGGACCCCUCUGCUCUCAGCUUCCGUCGGAACAGCAGCCCCCAGCCCCAGACACAAGCCCCGUGAGGGCCUGAGCCAUCUUGCACCCCACUCGU